AUGAGUGUAUUUGAAGAACCCCUGCCAAAUUACAGUACGCAGAUUACAUCAAAUUGUCAAGAAAUAGUGAUCCCACUACGAGAAGUGACCUACUAUGAAAAGCGCGAUGAAAAGGGUGAAGAUGGCAUUGAACUCUCUAUUGCCUUCUCCGAAAAUCCCUUGAAGCACAUCCCUCCAGAAUUCAAUGGUCAAUUUCGAGAGAUAAUGACUAAUAGUUCAUGGGAUUGGGAAUCGAAGAGAUUCGUUGUGCAUCUUCCCAAGCAAACGGAAAUGAGUAUUGAGGGAUUUCUAAAGAAGGUGAAUGCUGCUUUACAGAAUAUGAUGACAGAUGGAGGAAAGAGCGAGGAAAAUAUGGCAGAUGACGAUGCUAUUAAAAUUUAA